AUGGAUUUGGACUUUGAACUUGGACUUAGAUUUGGAUUUGGACUUGGACUGGCAAUGAAUGGGAGGGUAUGUGAGGAGGAGGAGAAGAAGAAGAAGAAGAAGAAGAGGAAGAGUAGGAACAAUAGGAGGAACAAUAGGAGGAAAGAGGAAGAUGAGGGGAUGGCUUGGAUCAUCUGGCUUGGCUUAGCUUGGGUUGAGAUUACAUGUGAAUUUGUCAUUAGAUAG